AGUAAACCAAACUGAUAACGGUUGAUGUCAUGUUUUUAAGUCGCUGUUCAUUUGUUGAACACUACCUGUUUAUGAUUGAACAAAAAUGACAGCGUUAAGGCUCUCAGUGUUAAUUACAAUUUUGGGGCUAAUUCGCUUCGAAAGGACGGAUGGAAUAAGUUAUACUGCGCAAGCAGUGACCCUUUAUGCAGACACGACAGACUUGUCAGCUGGUUACUCACCACAUCUGACAUGUAACCAUAACUACAACCCACUCGUCUCGUGGUGGCUAAAUGGCGAAAUAGUUCUGAGAUCGCAAGUAAACGGAGAAGAAUGCCAUAAUGAACCAACGCAUCCGGACUAUCUGGCCGACUGUACUUGUACAAACUCAGCGCACACAUGUACACUUAAGGAUUUGUCCUGGUCUAACUUUGGUGACCGAUGGGCGUGCUCUAUUGGAACAGCACAAAGUAACAUUCUGACAUUAACAUUGCCAGCUCCAAAAUCGGUGACCCUAUAUGCAGACACGACAGCCGUGUCAGCUGUUCACUCACCACUUUUGACUUGUCACCAUGACAACUACCCAAUCGUCUCGUGGUGGCAUAAUGGAGAAAUAGUUCUGAGAACAAAAGUAAACGGAAGAGACUGCCUGAAUACCCCAACGAAUCCUGAUUAUCUCACCGACUGUACAUGUUCAUACACAGUGCACAUAUGUACACUUAGGAACUUGGACAGGUCUAACGAUGGUGACCAAUGGGCGUGCUGUAUAAACGAGUCGGAUGGUACUGUUAUAAAAAGUAACAUUCUGACAUUAGAAUUGCCAGCUCCCAAAUCAGUGAACCUAUCUGCAGACACGACAGACGUGUCAGCUGGUCAUUCACCGCAUCUGACUUGUCACCAUGACAACUACCCAAUCGUCUCGUGGUGGCUAAACGGAGUAAAAGCUCUGAGCGCGCAAGUAAACGGAACAGACUGCCUAAAUACCCCAACAAAUCCAGCUUAUCUGGCCGACUGUACGUGUACACAAACAGUGCACACAUGUACACUUAAAAACUUCAACACGUCUAACGUUGUUGAUCAAUGGGCGUGCUCUAUUAGCGAUUGGGAUGGUACUGUUAUAAAAAGUAACAUUCUGACAUUAACUUUGCCAGCUCCCAAAUCAGUGAACCUAUCUGCAGACACGACAGACGUGUCAGCUGGUCAUUUACCGCAUCUGACUUGUCACCAUGACAACUACCCAAUCGUCUCGUGGUGGCUGAAUGGAGUAAGAGCUCUGAGCGCGCAUGUAAACGGAACAGACUGCCUGAAUAUCCCAACGAAUCAAGCUUAUCUGACCGACUGUACGUGUACACAAACAGUGCACACAUGUACACUUAAGAACUUCAACACGUCUAACGUUGGUGACCAAUGGGCGUGCUCUAUUAGCGAUUGGGAUGGUACUGUUAUACAAAGUAACAUUCUGACAUUAACUUUGCCAGCUCCCCAAUUGGUGACCUUGUAUGCAGACACAACAGUGGUGUCAGCUGGUCACUCAAUACAUAUGACCUGUCACCAUUACAACGACCCACUCGUCUCGUGGUGGCUAAAUGGAGAAAUAGCUCUGAGCGCGCAAGUAAACAGAGGAGACUGCAUGAAUACCCCAACGAAUCCAGAUUAUCUCGCCAAUUGUACUUGUGCAAACACAGUGCACACAUGUACACUAAAGCACUUGUCCUUGCCUAACGUUGGUGACCAAUGGGCAUGCUCUAUUAGCGAUUGGAAUGGCACUGUUAUAAAAAGUAACAUUCUGACAUUAACAUUGCCAGCUGCCCAUUUGGUGACCCUACAUACAGACACGACAGACGUGUCAGCUGGUCGCUCACCACAUCUGACCUGUCACCAUGACGACUACAAAAUCGUCUCGUGGUGGCUUAAUGGAGAAAUAGCUCUGAUCGCGCAAGAGAACGGAGGAGACUGCCUGAAUAUCCCAACGAAUUUAGAUUAUCUGGCCGACUGCACGUGUACAAACACAGUGCACAAAUGUACACUUAAGCACUUGUCCAGGUCUAACGUUGGUGACCAAUGGGCGUGCUCUAUAAGAGCUUCGGAUGGUACUGUUAUAAAAAGCAACACUCUGACAUUAGAAUUGCCAGAAUUGCCAAGAGGAAAUAGUGCAGUGAUUGCUGGUUCAGUAGGUAGCGCUGUUGGUGGACUUAUAAUCAUCGUUGUUGUCGUUGUUAUGGUCAUCAUAUUAAAACGUAGAAAAAAAGCCGCAUCACGCCAGGAAUGCGAAUACUUCGCUAAGAGAGAACAACAAACGCCACGCGCGAGAGAUAUUCGAAGCGGCAGUGAUGUCAGUGAAGUUGGAAGUGAUUACUGUGUAGUCGGUAGUCGGCAAAAUCAAAACAUGUGUUAGGAGAUAUACGUUUUAUUAUGUGUGUAAUGUACCUCAUGUAUUGAUGUUCUUAAUGUAUGUGAUGCUUCAUUUACUUUAAGCUAACACAAUAAAUAAAAACAAUAUAUCCAACAAAUAAAGAAUAACAUUAAAAUGCGGACUCGAAGUGUGUAAUUUGUGUGAGUUUUAUCAAUCAAAUAUUAACACAACUGACAAUAUGUUUUAGGAAUGCAGUUACAUUCAAGAAUUAUGGACAAAACUGCAACACUUUUUGAACAUUCUGAACGUGAACAUUGAAAUAAAAUUAAGCAAAUAAAUGGCCUUUCUUGGCAUUAUCGACAAACAGUAUACAAUAAUGUUCUGAAUUGUAUACUAAUUUUAUUGAAAACAUUUAUAUUUAACAUUCAAAUUAAAAAGUGCAUCCCAAA